GAGUAGUUGGAGGUAAGGCCAAGUGUCAGGCCCAGACACCCUCCUUGCCCAGCUGCUUGGGAAAGGGAAAGUAAGGAGUGUCCACUGCUUGGGGACAGGGCGUAGAGUCAUGGCGCUCUGCUUGCAGGUGAAGGAGGAGUGCCGCCUGCUCAAUGCCCCCCCUGUGCCUCCCCGGGGUGGCAGUGGCAGCGGCCGGCUCUCGAGCAGCCCCCCGGUGCCCCCACGCUUCCCCAAGCUGCAGCCUGGCCGCUCACCUAGCUCCAGCCUCCCCUACUACUCGUCUGGCCUCCAGGACGGGACAGGGUCUCGCAGUGGCAGUGGCUCUCCGUCACCGGACGCCUACUCCCUUUAUUGCUACCCAUGCACCUGGGGAGACUGCAAGGCGGGCGAGUCCUCCAGCCGCCCACCCCCGGGACCCCUGCCCUCGACCACGCAGCCCAGCCAGGCCGCCCGGGCCCUUGCAGAGCCCCUGAGCGGUCGAGCCACCUCCCUCUUGGGAGCGGACACCCCUGUCAAGGCCUACCACAGCUGCCCGCCUCUGUUCAAGCCCUCUCACUCCCAGAAACGCUUUGCUCCGUUCGGAGCUCUCAACCCCUUUUCGGGGCCUGCCUACCCCUCCGGCCCUUCAGCGGCCUCCUCUUCUGGGCCCACCACCAGCUCGGGUCCCCUGGCUACCUCCAGCCCUGCUUUUCCCCCAGGCCCAGGCUCACCAGGCCAGGCCUAUUCAGCUGCUCCCACCUCGUGUCCCACCUCCUCCUCCUCCUCCUCUGAGUGGCAGGAACCAGCCCUGGAGCCCUUUGAUCCCUUUGAGCUGGGCCAGGGCAGUUCUCCACAGCCCGAGCUGCUCCGCUCUCAGGAGCCCAGAGCUGUGGGGGCACCCUGCGUCUCGCCACUUGGACCCCCCAAGGCCUUUGAACCCGAAGGUUUGGUGCUGCGGCAGGUCCCCACCCCGCUGUCACUGGUGGCCCUGCAGGGGCCCGAGGCAGGCGGAGGACGGCUUCUUCUCACCCAAGGGCACUUGGAAGGGCCUCCUGCCAGUCCCCGGGAGGGGGCUGCAGGCUGGGGAGGCCGGGAUGCCUCCUCCUGGCAGCCUCCUGCUGACCUGUCUGCGCUCUCCCUGGAAGAAGUCUCUCGAAGUCUGCGUUUCAUCGGGCUCUCAGAGGAUGUGGUGAGCUUCUUUGCCCGAGAACGCAUUGAUGGCAGCAUCUUUGUGCAACUCAGUGAGGACAUCCUGGCAGAUGACUUCCACCUCACCAAGCUGCAGGUCAAGAAGAUCAUGCAGUUCAUCAAAGGCUGGCGGCCCAAGAUCUGA